UCCCCACCCGCUAGGGUUUCCUCCCACACAUCCGCCCGCCUCCACUCCACCCGUUCCCCAAACCCUCCCCAGGUAAGCCCGCGGCGGCGGCGACCGGCGGCCAUGACGACCCGCUUCAAGAAGAACCGCAAGAAGCGCGGCCACGUCUCCGCUGGGCACGGGCGUAUCGGCAAGCACCGCAAGCAUCCUGGAGGCCGCGGUAACGCAGGUGGCAUGCACCACCAUAGAAUCCUCUUCGACAAGUACCAUCCUGGUUACUUCGGCAAGGUCGGUAUGCGCUACUUCCACAAGCUCCGCAACAGGUUUUACUGCCCGUCGGUGAACGUGGAGAGGCUCUGGUCCAUGGUGCCGGCCGAGAAGGCGGCCGAGGCCGGAGGCGACAAGGCCCCCGUGGUGGACGUCUCGCAGUUCGGCUACUUCAAGGUGCUGGGCAAGGGGCUGCUCCCGGAGAAGCCCAUCGUCGUCAAGGCCAAGCUCAUCUCCAAGGUCGCCGAGAAGAAGAUCAAGGCCGCCGGCGGCGCCGUCGUGCUCGUUGCCUAGGGUUCCUGCCUUUUAACCCUGCCUUGUUUUUAUCUCGGCUCUUGAGAUCUGAAUCUGAACUAGUAGUUGUUUCCAGUCCUGCUAUUCGUGUUAAAGAAGACUUGUUAGUUUCUCUUAUCCUGGUUCUGCUUGGUAAAACAUCUGCUUAUGAGAAUUUUUGCACUAUGUGAUCAGUUUAUAUCAGAUAUAUCAUCCUAUCUGUAUUGUUUGAUC